AUGGAGGGGCCCGGCCGCGCCCUGCUCCGCCUCGCCGCCGCCGCCUGCCUCCUCGCCGGGCUGCUGCUGCCGCUGCCAGGAGAUGGGCAGGAGACCCUGACUGAGCAGACGGUGUCACCAGCUCAGCCCAGCACUGGGCCAGGCUCACUUCCACUCAGUGAGGCUGGUGGCUUCAGCCUGGAGACGACCGCCCCUCCUGUGACUAGCGCCGAUAAGGACGGGGUGGCCAUACACCCAAGUUUUAGCACCCGCCGCGCUGUUGAGCUGGACGAGUCCAUCCCACCCGAUCCCAGCGCAACCACCACCAAGGGCGCCAGGCUGCAGACUCCUGCCCCAGCCAUCUCAGCGGAUGCUACGACGGGGCUUCGGAAUAAGAACCAGUCGGCCAACAGCAGCUCAGAGCUCCCCACUCCGGCUCUGGCUGCCAACACCACAGAUGCAAACCAGCCUGGCCAAAAUGGAACAGAGCCCUCCAGCCUCACGGGGCCGACUGGCACCGCGACUGUGGCUCCAACGCAUCCACCACCACAGGAUGCGCUGGCAACAACAAGCAGUGCCCAGCUGGAGCCUUCUGCAUUCAACACCUUGGGGCCCACGACAGGGAACCCCGAACCCACCCCACAAACAGCCCAGGAGAAUGCCACAGAGGAGAGCAUCGCAGGGCCCACUACGCUCCCUGCUGUCACGACCACAGGGAGCACACCUGCAGCUACCACCCCCAGCACCACCACGGCAACCCUCAGAGUUUCCUCCCCCAACAGGACAGCCACAACAGCCGCAGGGCAGCCAUCAGCCGAUCCCGUGCACGAGAAGGCUUCUGUGUUGGAUGUGGGAGACGAUGAUGGUCAAGACCUGCCCAGCUCCGCUGUUGCUCUCAGAAUGGGGGCCGACCCCCUGGUGAUUGGUGUCAUCUCCAUGUUCGUUGUCAUGGUGGGGAUCCUGGCCCUGGUGGGCUUCCUGAGAUACCGGCAGCGCCACAGCCGGAUGGAGUUCCGGCGCCUGCAGGACCUGCCCAUGGACGACAUGAUGGAGGAUACGCCCCUCUCCCUCUACAGCUACUAGGCAGCGAGAAGAGGACCCUCCAUCCAGUUUUGGGGGAGCGCUGGAGUUCCCUG